UUCCACUCCGCCAGUAGAAUUCGGUUCUGUUUCACCGUUGAGGGAAAGCAAUAUUGCAGAAGAACGGUAUGAUAUAUAUGUAAAUCGACACAGUUAGUAAGACGAAAACAUGGAUGAAUGCGAUCGUGUUAAUCCAAUAACAAUUACUUCGGACGAAGUUAAUGAAACGGUAGCUACUUUCGUUUACCAAUAUUUAGAUCACAAGGUCAGUGAAAACGGUAUUCAGUGGGAGAGUCGUAGUCGAUACCAAAAUCAAGAUGCUAAAAUUCAAAAAGUUGGUAAAGCUCUGCAGUGUUUAGCUGAUGAAUUUGCUGCACAGUUCAAGCAGCAAUUUGUGGACAUGUGUGAGAGUUUAGAUGUGAGGGAAGAAACCAUAAAAUGUACUGUUGAAGGUGUAGCGAAUGAGCUUUUCAGUGAAGGUGUUAAAUGGGCUCGUAUUGUUGCUUUCUUCGUUUUUGGUGGUGAAUUGGCUGUACAUUGUGCGAAACAAAGUAUGCCGCAAUUAAUAGACAAUAUUGCUUACUCAUUAGCUGCCUAUAUAACUGAACAACUUUUACCUUGGAUUAAUGACAAUGGUGGUUGGGAUCCAGGUCUUCUUGCGUUCUACAAAAGCAGAAAAUUGCCACAGAAACGUGGAGUUUUUAAGAGGAUUCAGUCCAGUCUCUGCAAGUGCCGUAAUGGAAGGACUAGUCGCUUUUAAUAGUAAACACCAACAAACGUCUGAUAAAGGAACUCCUGUCAAUGGAAUUGGUGGUUUCUGGAGUACAUUAACGAGUAAACUAUCUGGUUUGCUUAGCAGGAAGUAAACCACACAAGAAAAGUUAUUAAUGCUAAGCGCUUACUUUUCACCAGCUUCUUGUGAAAAGUUGCCCAAAUAAAUUCGGCAGUCUUUGGAAAAUCACUUUUUUAAUUAGUUCCUAACUUGCCGUACGUUGGUCAAAACAAUAGGACCCACCAUGCAAAUAGCUACGUGCAUACUUGUUUAUAAUUUUAGGUAUAAAUGUGUUUUUAUUUUAUGAACAUUUUUUAUGAAAAUAAUGUUGAGUGGAAAAUUCAGUAAGUUGCAAGAAUAAAUAAGUCUUAAUAUGUUGACUGCUGUACAAAAUUUAACAUACCUCAUUUUUGAAAAAAUAUCAUGUUACGUCAUCUUCAUUUUUGUGGAAAAAUCUGGAUGAGUGAAUGUUUCGAAUUUUCAUCACAGCGUGUAAUAAAGGGCCUAUACGUAAAUAUCCACUUCUUUUCAGAAGUGCUAUUGUUCACUUGGUAAAUUAUGUGUAUCCUGGUAUAAUAUACGUGAAGAGUCAAAACGUGCUGUAUGUUUUUAAGCUUAGGUUUAUUUCUUGUUCAUUGUGUUAAUGAGAACCGUAUACUGGUAUUGAAAAGAAUCAAAUGUCUUCUUGUAUGUUCUGAAUAAAGAUUUUUAAUGCA